AUGGAAAUUUUGUACAUAAUAAGCACUGCUCUGCACUUGAUCACCUAUCUCAUUGGUAUUUCCUUCAAUAUUCUCCUCAUAUUUGCUGUCGUCAAAAAAACUCCCUCAAAUAUGUCCACGUAUUCAGUACUUAUUCUCAACUUUGCCAUAACAGAUCUUUUCUCUUGUGUUGCUUCCAUGAUGGUUCAAUUUAGGAUAAUCGCGGGCGGCAUUGGUCUUUUCUAUAUCUCAUAUGGGCCGUGUCGGUACUUGGGACCGUCUGCGUGCUUCAUCACGUACAGCUUCAUGUUACAUUGCUACAGUCAUUGGUUAUGGAUUUUAUUGUAUUCCUUCUGGUAUCGCUAUUACAUCAUCAGCAAUGUACAGCCAAGUAGAUGCAAAGUCCAAUCAAACCACAACAUUGUGAUACAACACAAUUGCAAAAAUAUCUAUCCACUGUUCCAGAUUUUUUUCUGUUUUACGCUUGAUCGCGAAUCUCUUGUGAAACAGCGCUUGUCUCAAGUGUUCAAUUACGAUAUUCGAAAUGAAUGUGCGAGCGGUCAUCUAAAUAUCUUUACCUGGCCGGUAUUGGGCACUAUACUGCAUAUGACUCUGCCCGUCACUCCCGUCUACACUGCCAUUUUGUUAUUCAGGCGAGCUAUAGCAGCUAAACUGCGAAGUGAAACAUCUGAACAGACACGCCAUUUGCAUCAACAAUUA